CUCGGGCCGCGCCGCCGGGCAGCGCGGCGCCAUGGAGGCGCCGCCCGUCACCAUGAUGCCCGUCACGGGCGGCACCAUCAACAUGAUGGAGUAUCUGCUGCAAGGCAGCGUGCUGGACCAGAGCCUGGAGAGCCUCCUGCACCGCCUGCGCGGCCUCUGCGACAACAUGGAGCCCGAGACCUUCGUGGACCACGAGCUGGUGUUCCUGCUGAAGGGGCAGCAGGCGAGCCCGUUCGUGCUGCGCGCGCGGCGCGCCCUCGACAAGGGCGGCCUGCCCUGGCACCUGCGCUACCUGGGCCAGCCCGAGAUCGGCGACAAGAGCCGCCACGCGCUCGUGCGCAACUGCGUCGACAUCGCCACCUCCGACAACCUCACCGACUUCCUCGUCGAGAUGGGCUUCCGCAUGGACCACGAGUUCGUGGCCAAGGGGCACGUCUUCCGCAAGGGCAUCAUGAAGAUCGUCGUGUACAAGAUCUUCCGCAUCCUCAUGCCGGGCAACACGGAGAGCAUCGAGCCGCUGUCGCUCUCCUACCUCGUGGAGCUCAACGUGGUGGCGCCAGCCGGGCAGGACGUCGUUUCCGACGACAUGAGGAACUUUGCCGAGCAGCUGAAGCCCUUAGUCCACCUGGAAAAAAUUGACCCCAAAAGGUUAAUGUGAUGGAAAAACCAGGAAUUUGGGCAGGUGAAGCCGUGUUAACUGGAUCAGUGCUCCCUGGGUACCUGCCUCUCAAAUGGUCCUCCGAGGCGCAGGAACAACUGCCUAUUCCAGCACAGCUGCCCUGAGCCAGCUGGCUGAAAAUGCUGCUGUGUUGAAUACAUAGCUCUGCUUUUCAAACAGGAUAUCAGUGAUGACACAGCCUACGUGAUUUUGCUCAUUAUCAAAAUGUUUUGAGGAUGAGGGCGCACGUACAGUUGCUUUGUGCACACUGAAGCAUGACUUACCCUCAUAGGACUGCACAUUGCCCAGGGAUUUUGCAUCUCUGACCGUUGCAUCGCUCCACGCGGCUCCUGUUGUCGCAGGACAAGGUUCCACCGGGCGCAGGAGGAAGCAGGACUCGCCGGGUUGCUCCAUGAUUCAGCUGCUGGUGGUUGUUCCUCGGGGCUGCUGUCACAUCCUGCCUGCGCAAACACUGGCUGCAGAUGUCCCCUGCCACAGAUACACGGCCUGUCUGGUGACACGGAACCGUGGAACGCAGCUCAAAUGGUCGGAGAAGCUCAGCACCACACGCCAGCUUUUCAGGGCUGCUUUCCGAUGGGUAUGCGCACGGAUACACAGAACACAGCAAAAGGGCCUCCCCCAUUGCAGCUGAAAAUAACUCAGAGAAGGCUUAACACGUACACUAACAAACCCAAAAGAUUUGCUGAAGUUAGUACAGACUCAUUGUAUGUGCUCAUGCUGUUGACUAUCAACUAGGAUGGCUUUAGUUUGAAGGGGCAGAAAAAGUACAAGAGGCAGAUGUGUAGAGAGAAAGAGCCAGUGGCUACAGCUGGGGAAAAAAAAUAAACACUUUCAGGUACUCAAGUACCUGGUUUUUUUAUCUGAGUACAGCACACUGAUAAGUUGUGCGGUAUACCCUUAUCCUAUUGUUAAUUGAUUUUGGAGUGCUAAAUUACCCUUAGGUACAUACAUGACUACAAGAGAACCCAGCUCUUACUUAUAGCU